UGUAGUGGCGACGACGCAGUUUGCUCGCUGCGAGUGUGUGCGCGUGCCGUCCAUUCCGAUGCCUACGAUGAUCGCUCUCGAGGUCGGCAGGGUACGCCGCUACACGUUCGCUGCCACAGCGGUGCUGCUGAUGCUCGUCGCAGUGACGCAAGUGCAAGCGCGCUGUCCUUCCACGCGGGGUCUGUACAGCAACUGCGCCUACACCCAGUGCAGCCCAUCUGAGUGCGCUGCCAAGGGCCUGGAGUGCUGCCCGAAACCAUGCGGCGGGAGCUGGUGCGUCAAAGGCACAGGUCCCCCGUCAAGAUAUCCGGAGAUCUGUCCCCCAGUGGUUCGUCGGGCCACUAAAUGCCGAUUUCCGAAGAGUAACAUGACUUGCGAACAACUGAAUUGCUCCACGCUGGGAUCCAUCUGCUGCAGCAAUGGCUGCGAUGAAAACUACUGCUACCGAAUACCGGGGACAUUCGUGUGACCGAUUCACUGAGCGCUAGGCACUCAAAUAGUCUUCUCGACGCGUCGUCAGAAUAAAGAUACAUUUAGCAAAAACAAAUAGCGUGCAGGAGCUAGCUUCCUCGUCUACCCGCCUUACGCCAGACAUGUUGUCUGCUACUGUAUACGAGCUUACAUCGCUGAUACCUGAGUGUACCGCUAGGUUGCUUUUAGGUAUUCCAUGGCUUCUUGAUUUCUGAAUUGGGCCCUUUUGCCCGUCCCAAGUAACCUUCCAACUCAUUUUCCGUUCAUGCUGUCCCCAUAUAAUAAAAAUCCUUCACCAAUGUCGCUACGAGGCUAUGUAGGUAAUUCAAUUUCGUGUGCACCUGCAACCGCUUAAUAUGUACGCCACCUACUAGGUUUCUCUUAUAAAAUUUCGUAAUUUACUCUUCAUCUCUGCGAUAAAAUUGUGUGAAAUGUUCCAUGGUAAUCUGAAUUCGUUGCGGAUUAAUAUUGUAUAAGGAUGUAUCGCUUUGCUAUUUUUGCCAUGUAAUUACUGUUGCCCCCUUACUCAAUGCCCUUCAAUGGGCCUGUAAGGUAACGUGAAUAAAUAAGUAAAUAAAUAAAUAAAUAAAUAAAUAAAUAAGGGCUUUAAAC